UGGGGCAGCAAGUCCAUCGGCUCACCAUACACGAAGGUAUGCUGGCGAUCUUCCUGCUUCUUAACGCGGUCGCGGCCACACCCAUCCCCGACGCCGGACACGCCCUUCUCAGGGGCACGUUCGGCGACGCCACGCAGUGUCUGGCUGUCAAGGGCGGUCUUCUGCGCAACGGCUCGCCUGUAGUCAUCACCGACUGCAAGGACGUGCCCACCCAAUCAUGGGUGGUCGCUCAUGGCAUGUCGGGCGUGGUUCGAGUCGCGGGGACUAGGUUUUGCCUCGACGCUGGUCAAGACCCGAAGGAUGGACACAAAGUUCACAUCCAAACGUGCAACCCGCACCUUCCGCAGCAGAACUGGCUCUGGACAGACGACUCCCGCCUUCAGCUUGUUGAUCUUGGUUUGUGCCUCGACAACACGGACGGAAAGGAUAUGAACGGCAACCAGGUGCAAGUGUGGCGCUGCGUCCAUGGCAAUACAAACCAGAUAUGGGGGCCGCCAGGCCAUGGAGCGUGUGGGGCGUUCCCGUGCCACAAGAACCCCGGUGGCUCUCGCCCGAGCCACAAGCCUCGCCCAAGUCAUUUGCCAGGCUCUCGUUCAAUCCAACAAAUUCACGUCAAAGACUUCUGAGAACAUUGCUAUAGGACAUUCAGCCGAGGACAGUGUGUGGCGAUGACCUUCUUCUCCUUCUCCUCUUCCCCCCUUUCCCCCUCCUCUCCCGUCCCCUCUUAUCUCCCCUCACCUCUCUCUUCGUCUCUCCGAGUAGGCUAGCUGACAACGCGAAUAUGAAUCGAGC